AUGGCGGAGGCGGCGAGUCCCAGGGCUGGCCGGAUGGAGGGAAUGGGGAAGCCCCGUACCUUCCCUAAGUCGGUCAAGUUCCUGUUUGGGGGCCUGGCUGGGAUGGGCGCUACAGUUUUUGUGCAGCCUCUGAACUUGGUGAAGAACCGGACGCAGUUGAGUGGUGAAGGGGCCAAGACUCGAAAGUACAAAACCAGUUUCCAUGCCCUCACCAGCAUCCUGAAGGCAGAAGGGGUGAAGGGCGUUUAUACUGGGCUGUCAGCUGGCCUACUGCGCCAGGCCACCUACACCACCACUUGUCUUGGCAUCUAUACUGUGUUGUCUGAGCGCCUGGCUGGGGCUGAUGGUACACCCCCUGGCUUUCUGCUGAAAGCCCUCAUUGGCAUGACUGCAGGUGCAACUGGUGCAUUUGUGGGAACGUCUGCUGAGGUGGCUCUUAUCAGGAUGACUGCUGAUGGCCGGCUUCCAGCUGGCCAGCGCCAUGGCUACAAAAACGUGUUUAAUGCCCUAAUUCGAAUUGCCAGGGAAGAGGGAGUCCCCACACUGUGGCGGGGCUGCAUCCCUACCAUGGCUCGAGCUGUUGUCGUCAAUGCUGCCCAGCUUGCCUCCUACUCCCAAUCCAAGCAGUUCUUGCUAGACUCAGGCUACUUCUCUGACAAUAUUCUAUGCCACUUCUGCGCCAGCAUGAUCAGUGGCCUCCUCACCACUGCCGCUUCCAUGCCUGUGGACAUCGUCAAAACUAGGAUCCAAAAUAUGCGAAUGAUCGACGGGAAGCCAGAGUACAAGAAUGGGCUGGAUGUACUGAUGAAAGUCGUCCGCUAUGAGGGUUUCUUCAGGCUGUGGAAGGGCUUCACACCAUACUAUGCCCGACUGGGUCCCCACACUGUCCUCACCUUCAUCUUCUUGGAACAGAUGAACAAGGCCUACAAGCGUCUCUUCCUCAGUGGCUGAUGUGGCAAGGUCCUGGGACUAGAGAACCAGGGCCCCCAUGUCACCCACUGCUCCUAUAGUGAUGUGCCCUGGGCUCCUGGAUUCUGCUACUCUGGGCUCCUCUAUUUAUUUUCCCUCUACAGUGUGGUUUACUCCUUUGCGGUAAAGAACUUUAACCUGUUCUA